AUGGGCAGCCAGAGCUUUCAACAUACGGGCUUCGCCGGACACUACACGAUCCAUGAGACUCCGGAGGUAGACUCGAGCGUUGCGGCACUCCUCACCGACCCUGAUUUUGGCGGCGCUUCCGUCACCUUCCCACACAAGCUGCAAGUUGCGCACCUUCUCGAGUCUGUGUCCGACGCUGCUCAGAAGAUAGGCGCCAUCAACACCAUUAGCAAAAAAGACGGGAAGCUGUGCGGAGACAAUACAGACUGGUCCGGUAUCAAGGCAUGCAUCGAGAGCGCGGACAUAUCCGGGCUCUCAGACUCGCCUGCAAUUGUGGUUGGUGCUGGGGGUGCAGCGAGGGCGGCGUGUUACGCGCUGAUCCAGCUGGGUAUCCCCAAGAUCGUGGUGGUCAAUCGCACCAGGGCCAACGCAGAGUCCAUGGCAUCGAGGUUGGCGGGGGCAACCUUCGAAAUACACGAGACGCUCCAGGGAGCCGUGGAGGCAUUGAAAGUCACACCACCCAGGGUCGUCAUAGGAUGUAUCCCUGCGGACGACCUCACCGAGGAUAAAAUCCCUGCAGAGUUGUUUGGGGCCAUAGAUACCGGGGUCCUGGUUGAGAUGGCUUACAGACCACCUGUCACGGGCAUGGAAAAGGCAGCUGCGAGGCAACCGGGCUGGCGAGUCUUUAAGGGAGUCGACGUUUUGAGAGAACAGGGCUAUGCGCAAUUUUCAAUCUGGACCGGCAAAGCUGCGCCUAAGGAAGUCAUGUCAAAGGCGAUGGAUGAAGAGCUGAAGCGAAGAGCUCUGGCCAAGGGACAAUAA